GCGAUUGUUUAUCCAUGUCCGUCCGAACUCAUUGAGUGUUAUUUCUUUUUUCUGUUUUUCUUUUUUGAAAUUAAAGCCAUGUUGGGAGUAUUUAGCAGCUCCAUCAUGUCGCCGCCGGACGAGUUGGUCGCCGCCGGAAGCCGUACGCCGUCUCCGAAAACGACAUCCGCGGCUCUACUGAAUCGGUUCGUCCAGAUAAAUUCCUCCGCCGUGUCGCUGCAGCUAGGGGACCAUGCCUACCUCGCCUACACUCACGAAACGGAAUCCACCUUGUGCCCCAGAUCGUUCGCGGUGAAGGACGACAUUUUCUGCUUAUUCGCGGGAGUUUUGGACAAUUUAGGGAGUCUCCGGCAGCAAUACGGCUUGGCCAAAUCAGCGAACGAGGUGGUUCUGGUGAUCGAGGCAUACAAGGCCCUCCGGGACCGAGCUCCAUAUCCGGCCAGCCAUGUCGUCGGCCAUCUCAGCGGCAAUUUCGCCUUUAUCGUCUUCGACAAGUCCACCUCCACUCUUUUCGUCGCUUCUGAUCGGAAUGGGAAGGUUCCGUUGUACUGGGGAAUCACCGCCGAUGGUUAUGUGGCUUUUUCCGAUAACGCCGAUCUGCUCAAGGGCGCUUGCGGGAAAUCGCUUGCUUCUUUUCCUCAAGGGUGUUUCUUAUCUACAGAAGUUGGUGAACUGAGAUGCUAUCAGAAUCCUAAGAACAAGAUCACUGCUGUUCCUGCUAAUGAGGAAGAGAUUUGGGGUGCAACAUUCAAAGUGGAGGGGCCUGGGCCUGCAGCAAUGGCAGCCACACGUUGAACAGAUUGUCCCCUAGCAGUGGAGCUUUCACAUAUAUAUAUAUAUGUAUGUGUGUGUAUAUAUAUAUAUAUAUAUAUGGUGUUUUAUAUGUGGUUGAGAAUGCAGAUCAGAAGAGGAGGGGGAGAGAGUAUACCUAACAGACAAAUUUAUGUCUGACCUGAAGAGGAAGAUGGUGUGUUUUUUUCUUUCUUUCUUUCUGCUCUUUUUGCUUGCUUGUAGUCUGAUGUAAAGCCCUUUUGCUUUCGGUGUAAUAAAAUCCGUGACUUUGUAGAAUUA